AUGAAGGGGGCUGUGCAGAGCGGGUGCCCGACACCCAGCCCGAUAGGGGCCGAGGCAGCAGCCAAGCGCUCAAAGGGGAGGGGACAGGAGACGGACGUCUCUCUCACCCGGAGCAGCAGCCCAGGGGCAGUGGAGUCAGAGAAGUCAGUGAAGGAGUCUCCAGAUGGGCACCUGCUGUCCGGGGAGGGCCCUGAUGCAGACACAGAGCAACCUGACCCACUUCAGCAUCUGGCCGUCAAACACAUCUCCGCUGUGUCGUCUAAAUUAAAGGACGAUGUGGCCCAGACCUGCUCUCAGCAGAAGAAACGAGAAACAAGAGAGAAUCCAGUUGGAAAACACUCUCAAGACUCUGCUCCCGAAGCCAGGGAUUUGAAUGCCUGUGGCACGCAGGCAGAGGACAUAAACGUACAGGACAGGCAAGUGUAA